GAUGUCAGUCGCUUCGUUCGGUUCUCCCGGUGCUGUAGUGAUUUCAUUUUUUCGGUUAUGUUGUUUUAUUUUGCACUACUCGCGGUUUCUCUUGCCUUCUACUGGGUGGGAAGAAAAUAUGCCUACUGGAAGCAGCGGGGAGUUCCCUACGUGGAACCGAGCUUUCCCUUCGGCAAUCUGCAGCUAAUGAGAACUCGACACAUAAGUCUGCAGAUGCAAGAUGCAUAUAAGAAAUUGAAUGAUAGCGGAAAAAAAUUCGGUGGAGUGUUCUUUUUCAUCGAACCAUUGGCGAUUAUAUUGGAUUUGGAUUUUGCGAAAGAUGUGUACGUGAAAGAUUUCCAGUAUUUCCAUGAUCGAGGAGUUUAUAGUAAUGAAAAGGCUGAUCCAAUUACUGCUCAUCUAGUCACGAUGGAAGGAACCAAGUGGAAGAAUUUGAGGGCAAAACUGACGCCAACUUUUACUUCUGGUAAAAUGAAAAUGAUGUUUCCGACGAUCAUUGGAGUAGCUGAGCAAUUCCGGAAAUGUAUGCAAGUAGAGGCCAAUAGAGGAGGCGAAGUGGAAAUGAAAGAGUUUCUUUCGCGUUUCACUACGGAUGUAAUUGGAACUUGUGCGUUCGGCUUAGAGUGUAACAGUUUGAAAGAUCCUGAAGCAAAGUUCCGCCAAAUGGGUAGAAAAGCUUUAACUGCGACUCCAAUGGUGUUUUUGCGAAGAAUUUUCAGUGUCACUUUCCGAGAUUUGGCAAAAGCUUUGAACAUUCGACUCUCGGAUCCUGAAGUAGCUGAUUUUUUCAUGAACGCAGUACGCGAAACAAUUGAGUAUCGAGAAAACAAUAAAAUCCAAAGGAAUGAUUUCAUGGAUCUGUUGAUCAAAUUGAAAAAUGAGGAUCCGAUUGACGAUGGAACUCGACAGCCGCUAGACAGAUUAACAUUCAAUGAAAUUGCCGCUCAAGCUUUUGUAUUUUUCCUGGCCGGAUUCGAAACUUCUUCAACGGCAAUGUCGUUCUGCUUGUACGAGUUGGCCAAGAAUCAGGAGAUUCAGGACAAAGCAAGGAAGAACGUGCAGGAAGUUUUAGCUCGGCAUGAGGGAAAAAUGACGUACGAAGCAGUUCACGAAAUGAGAUAUAUUGAAAAUUGCAUAAACGAGUCACUUCGCAAGUAUCCACCGAUUCCAAAUAUUCUCCGCAACACAACCAAGGACUAUCAUGUUCCGGACAUGAACGUCACCCUGGAGAAAGGCUACCGUGUGAUGCUGCCGGUUUACGCAAUCCAUCACGAUGCACGGUACUAUCCGGACCCUGAAAAGUAUGAUCCGGAUCGUUUUAGUCCAGAGGAAACCGCCAAGCGUCACCAAAUGGCAUUCGUUCCCUUUGGCGAUGGUCCUCGCAUUUGUAUCGGUAUGCGCUUCGGUAUGAUGCAAGCCCGUGUUGGAUUGGCGUAUCUGUUGCAGAAUUUCCGUUUCAAACUGUCACCGAAAACUUCACGUGAACUGAAGUUUAUAGCUUCUAGUUCAGUUCUCGCUUCUGAGGGCGGUUUGUGGUUGAACAUAGAAAAGCUGUGAAAUUUAGAUUUAUUGAAAUAUAACCUAGCGAUAUAAAGUUUAUAGAAUAAGUUUGUAUAACUAAAAUAAAAUUUUUCUUUAUUCCAAACAGA